CUACCCCUCGCAAAUGCGUGUUACGUCACUAUGCGAUCGGGUUGUGCUCAGCUUGGGGUCUUCCUGGCACCUUGACGCGUCGAGUUGCUGUGCCCCUGCAUCGGAUGCGCUGUACCGUGCGCUGGCUCCGUGAACCGUAGGGACAACACCGGGACACCCCCGAGGCCGGAAAAUGGACUCAGUGGCUUUUGAGGAUGUUUCUGUGAGCUUCAGCCAGGAGGAGUGGGCUCUGCUGGCUCCUUCACAGAAGAAACUCUACAGAGAUGUGAUGCAGGAAACAUUCAAGAACCUGGCAUCUAUAGGGGAAAAAUGGGAAGACCAGAAUGUUGAAGAUCAACACAAAAACCAGGGGAGAAAUCUAAGAAGCCAUAUGGGAGAGAGACUCUGUGAAGGUAAAGAAAGUAGUCAAUGUGCAGAAACCGUCAGUCCCAAUCUAAGUGUGAGGAAGAACACUGCUGGAGUAAAACCAUAUGAAUGUACUGUCUGUGGAAAAGUCUUCAUGCGUCGUUCAUCCCUUACUAGACACAUGAGGUCUCACACUGGAUAUGAGCUAUUUGAGAAGCCAUAUAAAUGUAAGGAAUGUGGGAAAGCCUUUAGUUAUCUCAAAUCCUUUCAAAGACAUGAAAGGAGUCACACUGGAGAAAAACCCUAUAAAUGUAAACAAUGUGGAAAAACCUUCAUAUAUCACCAACCCUUUCAAACACAUGAGCGGACGCACAUUGGAGAAAAACCAUAUGAAUGUAAGCAAUGUGGAAAAGCUCUUAGUUGUCCCAGUUCACUUCGAAUUCAUGAAAGGAUUCACACUGGAGAAAAACCCUAUGAAUGUAAAAAAUGUGGGAAAGCCUUCAGUUGUCCCAGUUCUAUUCGAAUACACGAAAGAACUCACACUGGAGAGAAACCCUACGCAUGUAAGGAAUGUGGGAAAGCCUUCAUUUCCCACACAAGUGUUCUAACACACAUGAUAACACACAACGGCGAUAGACCUUAUAAAUGCAAGGAAUGUGGGAAGGCAUUCAUUUUUCCCAGUUUUUUACGAGUACACGAAAGAAUUCACACUGGAGAGAAACCCUAUAAAUGUAAACAAUGUGGUAAAGCCUUCAGAUGUUCCACUUCCAUUCAAAUUCAUGAAAGAACUCAUACUGGAGAGAAGCCCUAUAAAUGUAAAGAAUGUGGAAAGUCUUUCAGUGCACGCCCAGCCUUUCGAGUACACCUGAGAGUGCACACUGGAGAGAAACCCUAUAAGUGUAAAGAAUGUGGGAAAGCCUUCAGUCGGACCAGUUACUUUCGAAUACAUGAAAGGACUCACACUGGAGAAAAACCCUACGAAUGUAAAAAAUGUGGGAAAACCUUCAAUUAUCCUCUAGAUUUGCAAAUCCACGAGAGAAAUCACACUGGAGAAAAACCCUAUGAGUGUAAGGAAUGUGCAAAAGCCUUCAUUUCUCUCGAGAACUUUCGAAGACACAUGAUCACCCACACUGGAGACGGACCUUAUAAAUGUAGGGACUGUGGGAAGGCCUUCAUUUUUCCUAGUGCGUUACGAACACAUGAGCGAACUCACACUGGAGAGAAACCCUAUGAAUGUAAACAAUGUGGAAAAGCCUUUAGUUGUUCUAGUUACAUUCAGAUACAUGAAAGAACUCACACUGGGGAGAAACCUUAUGAAUGUAAGGAAUGCGGGAAGGCCUUUAUUUAUCCCACAAGCUUUCAAGGACACAUGAGAAUGCACACUGGAGAGAAACCCUAUAAAUGUAAAGAAUGUGGGAAGGCCUUUAGUCUUCACAGUUCCUUUCAAAGACAUGAAAGAAUUCACAGUUGUGAGAAACCUCUUGAAUGUAAGCAAUGUGGAAAAGCCUUCAGUUUGUCCACAUCCUUACAAAAGCAUAUGAGAAUGCACACUCGAUAGAAACUCUAUAAAUGGGAGAAACGGGAAAGUUUUCAAUUCUAACAGAUACUUUCAAAGUUGUGAAAAUUCCCAGUGAAGAGAGAAAUCCUACCAGUGUAAUAUAGAAAGCGAGAUGCAAGAUAAUUCAUGUAUAGUCAGGUACCAUGUAAUCAUGUUUCAUUGAGCAAUGGACCAUAUACAGGUUGGUGGCCCCGUAAGAUUAUAUAAUACCUAAAACAUUUCUAUCAACUGCAAUGUAGUAGCGGUAGAAACACCAUAGUGCAGCACAUUAUUUAAGUGUUUAUGGUGCUGGUGUAAAGCUAUUGCACAGUUGUAUAAAAGUACAACACAGCUGGGCAUGUUGGCUCACACCUGUAAUCCCAACACUGGGAGACUAAGGCGGUAGGAUUGCUUGAUGCCAGGAGUU